GUUAUUUUCUACAAAAAUAAACUACAGCUCAGACAACACCCACCUUCCCUCUCCUCUCUCUGAAAAUUCUGGUGAGAAACGAUGCCAUACUGCAACGUCGGAACUACCAACAAUGGUAUCAAGAUUUUCUACAGAACCUACGGCGGCGGACCAGUUAAAGUUCUCAUGAUCAUAGGAUUGGCUGGGACACACGAUUCAUGGAAGCCACAAAUCGAGGGGCUGGUUGGGACGACGCGGGCGAAUGAUAUUGAUGAUAAUCGGAGCUCCGAAGACGGUGUGUGCAAUGGGAAUGGGAAUGGGAUAGAAAUUUGUGUUUUUGAUAAUCGAGGAAUGGGUCGAAGCUCCAUACCUAAACACAAAUCCGAAUACACAACUAAAAUCAUGGCCGCAGAUGCAAUAUCUGUAAUGGAGCAUUUAGGUUGGAAGAAAGCUCAUGUAUUUGGGCAUUCAAUGGGUGGUAUGAUAGCUUGCAAAGUGGCUGCUGUUUUCCCAGAUAGGGUUCUGUCCUUGGCUUUGCUAAAUGUAACCGGUGGAGGCUAUGAAUGUUUCCCCAAGUUUGAUCGUCAAACCUUAUCCAUUGCAAUGCGUUUCUUGAUGGCCAAAACUCCAGAGCAAAGGGCAGCUGUUGAUCUGGACACUCAUUACACACAGGAAUAUCUUGAACAACACAUUGGAGUUAAAACAAGAAGACAGGUAUUAUAUCAGGGAUAUGUGGAAGGGAUAUCAGCAACUGGGAUGCAGUCAAAUCAUGGGUUUGAUGGGCAGGUCAACGCCUGCUGGACACACAGAGUUUCUAAAAAAGAAGUUGAAAUGAUUGGCAAGAAUGGUUUCUUGAUAUCAGUCAUUCAUGGGAGGUGUGAUGUGAUUGCUCAAAUAUCUCAUGCAAAAAGGCUUGCACACAAACUUUAUCCACUUGCAAAAAUGGUAGAGCUUCCGGGAGGUCAUCUUGUGAGUCAUGAGAGGAGUAAAGAGGUGAAUGAAGCUCUACUGGAUUUGAUCAGAGCAUCAGAAACCAAGACAAGCCCAUUUGACUGGACUAAUUUAUCCCCAAACACCUCUACCUCUAACUGUUGGACAUCAUCAUCUAGCAGCAGAUUAAAUUCAGAGACAGAAAGCAGCAAUUCUGGGAUUGCACUUGCAGAAAAGAUGAGAAUUAUGAUUUUGUAUAUAUUGGGCUUAUUUUUGGUGGUACUUGAGUACAUAAAAAGAGCAAGAGUUUUGGGAUGUCUAAAGCCAAUCAGGGUAUGAUUUGAUUUGAUGGAAAAUAUAUUGACACUUGAAACUCUGGAAUGAAACCUAAUUGAGAUUACAAGAAACAAGAUUGAACAUAUUUAUACCUGCUGCUGCAUAAGAGACUCGUCUGAACUGGAGGCUGAAUCUGCAUAUAUGGCCACACACAAAACAUCUCCUUAAGUUGAUUUAUGAACAGUAAAGAGAAUAUUACCUUACCUGUAAGCUGUAACAUAAUAUUCCAAAUGGAGCAGUUUUAGCAAUAUGCCAUUGGAAUAUUCUGAAUCCAUAUCACCUAUGUGAUGAUGUACUUUCAGCCAUACAAUGUAAAAAGUUGUAUCUAAUUAAUAUAAAGGGAUUUUGCUGCUCA